AUGGCGGACAGACAUCGAAGACGAAGAGUCAAGUCAGAUGACGAUUCAGAAGGAUCCUAUUCUGAAUCGGAUAUUGAAGCUGAAGAUGCAAAUGAUGCUGAAAAUAGUUUGAAAGGAACACCAGAAAAGGAUGGUGUUCCUAAGGCUGACAAUUCAGAGUAUGAAAGUGCUGAAGAAGAAGAAGAUAAAGCAACUGAUCAAACACUUGAAGAGUCUAGAUCUAAAGAUCAAGAAUCUUUAUCUGAGGUAGUUGAUGAAGAGGGUGGUGAAGAAGGUAUCGCUGAAACAGAUGACGUAGAUGGCGAUUUUUUAAAUGGUGAUAAUCCUGGGGAUGUCUCAGAUGAUGGAGAAUAUGUAGAAGAAGAGAGACAACAGGGUGAUGGAGAGGAAUGUUCCCCAGCUAGUCCAAUUGUUGAAAAAGAAUUAGAUUUUGAUGAAGAUAGAAGGAACCCACAGUAUAUUCCUAAGAAAGGUAUUUUCUAUGAACAUGAUGAUAGAAAUAAUGAAGAUCUGAAAGAAAAGGAAGAAGAGCCUACAAGGGACCGAAAAAAGAAAUUAUGGCUUGAUGAAGGCAAAUGGGGUCAUGAUCGUUUUCGAGAAGAGGAGCAGUUUCCAAAAUCUAGGCAUGAAUUAAUUGAAACAUAUGGAUAUGAUAUUCGUAAUGAAGAUGGUCCUCCUCGUGCAAGAAGAAGGAGAAGAUACGGAAGAGGACCGACUAAAUAUGAGAGGAAUUGGGAAGAUGUUUCAGCAUAUGGAAGAGAGCGCUUCAAAGCUGCACCCCGUGGAUUUCCCAGAGGUCGAAGAGCCCGUGGUCGCUUUAGGGGAGCUCCUAGAUUUCGUGGUAGAGGUAGAAGAUCUUUUUCCGAUCGUGACUCUGACAAAAAUGAAGCAGAACUUAAUGGAAAUAUUGAUGAAGUGCCUGAUAAUGAAGAUGUUCCAUGUCCUGAUGAAAAAAUCGCAGAGUCACCUAUUAUUAACAGUACAGAUUUUCCUGCUUUACCCUCAAAAAUUGAGAGUGAACCUGUGCCUGAGCCUGAAAAAAAGACUUACUAUCCUAAAGAACCUGUUGAUGUAGAAGAACCUAAAUCUGUGAGGACUUUAACGUUUGAAAACUCUAAUUUAAGCGGAAGGAACUCAAUUGAAAGGGAGGUGCCUCCUCGGAGGGGCAAGGCUUCCCCUUUCAACAAUAGUUACGAUAGGGGAAAUCGUAAACCAGCUCGUGGAAACCGUGGAUCAGGCAGAGGGGAAUACCCAAGGAGAGGGCGUGGUGGCAUGCGUCACAUUUCCCCUCGUUUCUUGGAACAUAAAAUGAAUAACUUGAACUCUGAAAUGGAGCAGUUAAAUGUAAAUGAUACGCAAGAAGUGUGCAAUGGAGUCCCUUCAGAGGUUCACCAAAGUGAGAGUGUUAAUAAUCUUGAAACUGAAAUGCCAAACAUGGCACUAAAAGGUGCUGGUGAUUCAUCUGGUCGUCCAAAACGUUACUCAUCUCUGCGGCAGCGAAGCUUACCUGAAACUAAUACUUACCAAACAAAUCAACAAACUGUUCCUCCUCCUCAUUCUUCAUAUUAUGAAGGUUAUCAGCCCACUAUGUAUGCUGCACCUGAAACCGGUGUUCCAACGCCAAGCACACAGAGCCAACCUACAACAACCCCUCCAAUUAUGAAUCCUUCUGCAUAUCAGACAUUUGCUCCCACUCCAUAUCCAGACAGCUUUGGCUUAAGAUUGCCAGUCACAACUGCUCCACCUCCUCAAUUGUUUCCUCAAGCAACUGUGCCUGCUGGUCAACCGAUCCUUGCACCACCACCGUGCAUUACUCCAACCCCUAACAUCAUGAAUUUUGCACCUCCCCCUCCUCCUACUGGUUAUCAUCAGUUUACAUAUCAACAGUAUGCAACACCUCCACCUCCUCCAGCACCAGCUCCUCCAAGUGACAUUUAUCAGCCAGGAAUAACUUAUUAUUAUCCUCAAAAUCAGCCUCCAUCAGUUAGACCAACUGUUCAAAAGAGACCGAAAGCAGCUAUACCUAUCUUACCUCCUCCAGAACGUGAGCAUAAACAGAGUGCUAAAAAAGACAGUAAUCACACAAGCAAUGGGAAUAAAAGAAAUUUUCAGGAAAACUCUGAUUCUAUUAAUGAAGUGUCAUCAUUAAGGACUGAUUCAUCACCUCAGUUACAAACAUCAGUUGGAGUUGAGAGUUAAUCGUUGCAUGUAUAAUGUAGUGAAAAAUCUAAAUACUGUUUUUGAGCUGGUGCGCUCAGUACUAGCUUAUUUAUACUAAUGGUAAGGGAUAUACAUAUAUAUGCAAAAAUAAUUUAUUAAUGUGAAUAUUGUUAUUUUAUGUAUGAAACUUUCUAGCCGGUUUUGCUCCUUUUUUGUAUACAGAAUAUUAUUUUAGCUAGAGAGUUUUAUAGUACACUUUGAAAGUGAUCUAUAUCUGAUGGGA